UCCGUCCCACGCCACCGCUCCGUUCCACGCCUAGCUCAGCAGGAGGCCAGAGUUGCAGAAAGCAUAGCUUCAAUGGCAGAUUCAAAUCCUUCUCCAGCUGCUCCCGCUCCCAACCGAACUCUACGGAGGCCUUCCUGGCCUAUUAUUGGAGCUCUCCUCCUCAUACUAGUGCCGAUUGUGAUCUCCAUCGUCGUUAACGAUCCCAACGGCUUCGACCCGGCGCCGCUGCCGGCAGACUACUCCUUCAGCGCCUCCCUGGCCGUGGCGGAGCGCCACGACCGCAUCCUCGCUUCCAGCAAGCGCGUAGGCGAGGGGCGCCUCCCGGGCCCGGAGGACUUGGCCUACGACAAGGCUCGCGGCUUCCUCUAUACUGGGUGCAGCGAUGGCUGGAUCAGGAGGGUGAGUCUGAAGGAUGAGAAGAUGGAGGUGGAAGACUGGGCUUAUGUCGGUGGCCGGCCUCUCGGAGUGGCCUUGGGACCUGGCGGCGACCUCGUCGUCGCGGAAUCCAAUAAUGGGUUGAUGAUAGUAAAGCCAGAUCAGAGUGUGGCCAUGCUAACUGAUGAAGCAGAUGGACUAAUGUUUCGGUUGACCGAUGGUGUUGAUGUUGCGUCGGAUGGCUUGAUCUACUUCACAGAUGCAUCGUACAAGUUCAACCUCGAUACGCACAUACUAGACAUUCUCGAGGGCCGACCCCAUGGAAGGCUGAUGAGCUUCGAUUCUUCCACUAACCAAACCUCGGUGCUCCUCCGUGAUCUCUACUUCGCCAAUGGCGUCUCACUUUCGCCCGAUCAACGCUUCCUAAUCUUCUGUGAGACCACGCU